AUUGCAUCUCUUGUCCCUCACUCACUCACACAAACACAAAAAAAAAAAACCCAUCAAUCGAAAUCAAAACCAGUCAACUUCACGCCUGUAAAUUCAGAAACCUUGUUCACGUUACCCGAGAAACACGUAUCACAACCAUCCUUUUUACAACCAUCCUGAUCCGUUCGUUUCCACUUCCAUGCAAAAUCAACGGUUGCGAUCAUAAAUUUUCAAACUUUCAUGCUCUCUGUUUACACCCCCUCACAUUCCUCCUCACAGCCACUCGGGUUCAGACACAACUGAAAAAGAUAAACAUACGUAAAGUAACAAAGAAAGCAAAAUCUCGUACACACGCUUUACUUCUAUUUCAACGCAGAGAGGGUCGAGUGUGCACCGAGAGAGCAUUCAAGAAUGGAGGAGAGACCAGAGACGGAGUUAAUAUCCAUUCCAGCAACGCCACGUGCAUCGACGCCAGAGAUACUGACUCCGUCAGGUCAAAGGUCACCAAGGCCAGCUUCAAAGGAAGCGAAAUCAUCGACAGCAUGGACACCGACAUCGUUUAUCUCGCCGAGGUUUUUGAGCCCAAUAGGGACGCCAAUGAAGAGGGUGUUGAUUAACAUGAAGGGUUAUUUAGAGGAAGUGGGUCAUUUGACUAAGCUCAAUCCGCAAGAUGCUUGGCUUCCUAUCACCGAGUCUCGUAAUGGGAAUGCUCAUUAUGCGGCGUUUCAUAACUUGAAUGCCGGUGUUGGGUUUCAAGCCCUUGUUUUGCCUGUUGCCUUUGCUUUUCUUGGCUGGAGUUGGGGAAUACUGUCCUUAACCAUAGCCUACUGCUGGCAACUUUACACUCUAUGGAUUCUGGUUCAGCUGCAUGAAGCUGUUCCCGGGAAGAGAUACAACAGAUAUGUGGAGCUUGCACAAGCUGCAUUCGGGGAAAGAUUAGGCCUCUGGCUUGCGCUCUUCCCAACAGUUUAUUUGUCAGCUGGAACCGCAACAGCUUUGAUUCUUAUAGGAGGGGAGACAAUGAAAUUAUUCUUCCAAAUAGUUUGUGGGCCACUCUGUUCAUCAAAUCCCCUAACAACAGUUGAGUGGUACCUGGUAUUCACUUCUCUAUGCAUCGUUCUGUCCCAGCUCCCAAAUCUGAAUUCAAUUGCGGGACUUUCACUCAUCGGUGCCAUAACAGCUAUCACUUACUCUACCAUGGUGUGGGUUCUUUCUGUUAGCCAACAAAGGCCACCUACAAUCUCUUAUGAACCCCUUUCUUUGCCAUCCUUUAGUGCUUCUGUCUUUUCAGUCAUGAAUGCUCUUGGGAUUGUUGCCUUUGCUUUCAGAGGGCACAAUCUAGCCAUGGAGAUUCAGGCAACAAUGCCAUCAACAUUUAAGCACCCAGCUCAUGUGCCCAUGUGGAAAGGAGCCAAAGUUGCCUAUUUCUUUAUUGCUUUGUGCCUGUUUCCAGUCGCCAUUGGAGGCUUUUGGGCUUAUGGGAACCUUAUGCCUUCAGGAGGAAUUCUCAAUGCCCUGUAUGGGUUUCACAGCCACGACAUUCCUCGAGGACUUCUUGCAAUGACUUUUCUUCUCGUGGUGUUCAAUUGCCUAAGCAGCUUCCAGAUAUAUUCAAUGCCUGUUUUUGACAGUUUUGAAGCUAGCUAUACCACCCGAACAAACCGACCAUGCUCCAUUUGGGUUCGAUCCGGCUUCCGGGUGUUCUAUGGAUUCAUCUCUUUCUUCAUUGGGGUAGCACUCCCUUUCCUCUCCAGUCUUGCUGGUCUCUUAGGAGGAUUAACACUUCCAGUCACAUUCGCUUACCCUUGCUUCAUGUGGGUUCUCAUAAAAAAACCUUCCAAAUACAGUUUCAAUUGGUACUUCAACUGGAUCCUUGGUUGGUUAGGUAUUGCUUUUAGCUUGGCCUUCUCCAUUGGAGGUGUCUGGAGCAUGGUGAACAGUGGACUUAAAUUAAAAUUCUUCAAGCCACCAAAUUAAGAAUCCUAUGCAGGGGCAGCAUUGAAACCUUGUAAACAUUAUAUAGGUUUACGUUGUAUGUUGUUUUUGUACCUGCUGAGAAAUCUACACUUAAAAUGUAUGGAUAUGUUGCUUUUGGAAGUUGAAUGGGGGUAAAGCUUAUCCUGAUCAAUUGCCUGUGCAAGAUUUUACCUGGCUUUACUAGGGGUUAUCUACUUGUCUUUGAUUCAAUACUGUCUUGUCUUCAAAAGAAUGUAGAGAAAUAUCAAAAUAUGAAUGUGUUUGUUA